UGGCGACGUGCAACACUGUCCGCUGAUGAUUUUCAAUAUUGCUUUGCCUGCGCUUCAAAAACACUUGCGUUCUAAAGUCAAAAUUGUCAAAUUAUUGUGAUGAAUCGUUGAUACAUAUAUGGUAGAUAUCAUAUUAUAAGGAAGCCGGCCUCCAAAGCUCGAUGUGCCGUUAGCAAAGGCAGUAGCAGCGGCAGAAGAAGCGACAGAGCAGCGGCAGCUAUAGAAUUUAAGGUCACAGCGACACAAGAAAAGGGACAUCAACAUCGAUUUUUUUGCACCCUUUUUUUUUUUGCGCGUGGGGCACAAUAUCUUUGGCAAACAAAGAAAGAGGCGGCGGCGGUGGGGGCGUAAAGUGCGCAGAUUUCAACAAAGAUGAGCGGUGGCGGCGGCGGCGAGGAGGAGCAGCAUCUGCCAGGUGUUUCCAGUGCAUCGGGAUCGGCAGCUGCAACGGCAGGCGGUCGGGCCACGCCCGAAAUGAAGCGCUCGGCGGUGCGCAGCUUGAUCCAGCGAUACUUCCACCAACUACAGUCCGGUUGCGGGAACGCCCACUGCACCAAUGCCAACUGCGCCUCCAGCGGCAAGGUGGCGCCCAUGACGCCCAACGAGGUGGCCGCCAGGGCACUGCAGCUCUUCUCCCAGGAUGCACAGCUCUGCGAGGCAUCCACCUCAGCGGCCAGCAGCCCCCAGGACGUGGACAUGCUGUCGCCGAACGACAGCAGUAGCAGCAGCAGCGGCAGCUCGACGAGCACCAUCACCUCCGCCAGCACCACCACCACGACCAGCAGACAGUCGCAGAGUGCGCCAGCUGCCGUGGUAGUGGCGGUUUCCAGCUCAAAUCUUGUCCAGAGCGUGCCACCGCUGGAUCUCAGGGGCAUAGAACCCUCCUCCGGCGACUCGGAACCAUGUACACCCACCCUGCCGGCAGUACAGAGCCUGGAUGCCAAUAGCCUGAUGGCUCUUUACGAGCAAUGUAGGGCGGCGGAUUGUUACGACAGGCUUUGCCACGCCAUCGGCGAUGUCUUCUCCAGCGUGGAUCGACUGAGCAAGAGCUUCAUACGCAGCGCAGAACCAGCAGCAUCUAGUAGUCUCCAGGAGCUGCUGGCCAAUCCACCGGAGGCUUUGAACAAAGAGCAGCUACGAACUUUGGAAGGAGAACAUGACAAAGACGAGGACAGUUCACAGCAAGUGGAAGAGCAGGCGACAACGGAGGAGGUACUGCCAAGUGCUUCAGCAGUGGCUGAAGUAGAAACGGAAACGGACGCAGAGCCCGAGGCAGAUGACGAAGACGUGCCCAUGACUCAACCCACAGAGGCAACGACGGAGGAGGAUCCGUCGCAAAGCAGCGACACGCAGGUGGAUCUGCCCGGAUUACGCUGCGUACAGCGACUUCUUUUCGGCUCUCGAAAGCGAACCAUCAAUGACAAGCUCACCAGCAGCGUUGUCCAGCUGGCGGACUGGGUGCACUACAUGCGACCCGACUGGGAGAAGGUCAUACACUGUCUGGUCAUCUGCUUUGACCUGGCCACCAACACCAACAACAGUGUGGUGGACAUGGACUAUCUGGACAGGGUGCUGCCAAAGCUGUGUCAUGCGGCGGCGGCCAUGCCAGUGCAGGCACAGGCGCGUCUGGCCAGGAUCUGGGCGGCCCAUUGCUCGGAUCAGCUUCAGGCGCUGGUGGCCGCCUGCCAGCAGCAGAUCACGUUGCAGGUGCUCCUUGACGAGGAGUCAAUGCGUGAGAACGGGGCCAUUAUCAGCGCCACCAAAGUAUUGAAGAUUGUCUUCUAUGCAAAUGUCUUGGCCAGCGAGCUGGAACGACCCUCCUGCCGGGCGCCGCUGGAAGAUCGCACGGAAACGGCGGAAACCUCCGCAUCUGGCAGUGUAACUGUGGAGGACGACCUGUUCGCCUACAGUUCAGUGCUGCACCCGCACAUGCCCAAGUUCGCCGAGGACCAGUUGGAGAAGGCGCUACAGGUGUCGGCCAUCGAUUGCCGAAAACCGCUGGUGCCGCUGGAGGAGUUCUACAACGAGGCGCUCAGCGAGAACAUCCAGAUGCACCACGACUACCUCUCCUACAAAACACUGGCCAUGGAGAGCGAGCUGGGCUCUGGCCAGACAACCUACUUUUCGUUUAUGCUAUACGCCUUUAUCCUCACGCCGGCGACGAAGGUGGAUGCCUUGUACUACGACAGCCGGAUGAGAAUGUACAGCGAGCGCUACUCCUCGCUCUACUCGAUUCUCAACAACUUCGGCCAGGACGGUCAGGAUGGCACUCCGCGGCCGGACCUUAAGUUGACGGUGCGCAGGGACCAGCUUAUCAACGAUGCGCUCAUCGGGCUGGAACUGGUGGCCAUGAGCAAUCCGAAGGAUCUCAAGAAGCAGUUAGUGGUCGAGUUUGUGGGCGAGCAGGGCAUCGAUGAAGGUGGCGUAUCCAAAGAGUUCUUCCAGCUAAUCGUGGAGGAGAUUUUCAACCCGGCCUUUGGGAUGUUUAUACAGCAGGAGGAAACCAAUAAUAUGUGGUUCAAUGCCACACCCUUCGAGAACGGAGCUCAAUUUACUCUUAUUGGGAUCAUUAUAGGUCUGGCCAUCUAUAACAACGUGAUCCUGGCCGUUAACUUUCCCAUGGUGGUCUAUCGCAAGCUGAUGGGCUAUUGCGGAACCUUCGCGGACCUCAACGACUGGAGCCCGACGCUGUACAAGAGUCUUAAGUCCAUGCUGGACUAUCAGGGCCAAGAUAUGGAGGAGGUGUUCGACCAGACCUUCAAGAUUAGCUAUAGCAACGUGUUCGGGGAGAUCGUGGAGCACGAGCUGAUGCCGAAUGGCAAGGAGGUGUUGGUGGGCCAACACAACAAGCAGCUGUUCGUGAACCUGUACAGUGACUUCCUGCUGAACACGAACAUCCAGCAGCAGUUCAAUGCCUUCCGCAAGGGCUUUGAAAUGGUCACGGAUGAGUCGCCACUGAAGCUGCUCUUCCGGCCCGAGGAGAUCGAGAUGCUGGUCUGCGGCAGUCGCGAGUUCGACUUUGUGGAACUGGAGCACUCGACAGAGUACGAGGGCGGAUACACGGAGGAGACACAGAUCAUUCAGGAUUUCUGGAGCAUUGUGCAUGCCAUGCCCAACGAGUCGAAACGCAAGCUGCUCGAGUUCACCACAGGAUCGGCGCGUGUUCCGGUGGGUGGGCUGAAGUGCCUGCGGCUCCUGAUCACGCGACACGGUCCGGAUAGUGACCGGCUGCCUACCUCGCACACCUGCUUCAACGUGCUGCUCCUGCCCGAGUACAGCAAUCGCGAAAAGCUGGAGGAGCGCCUGAUGAAGGCCAUCAACUACUCGAAGGGCUUCGGAAUGCUGUAGAGGGUGUACUCUCCAUCUCGAAGUCUAAACUCCAAGUCCAAGUCUGUCACUGUCGGAACUGAUACCACCUCUCUGCGAUGAAGAAGGAGAAGAUUUUGAUGGGUUUGAGUUCGUUUUGGGUUCUGCCAUUUAUUUUUGAUACGACCUGUUCAAUGAGACAAUAUACAUACAAAUUAUAUAUGCUCAA